AUGACUUCAUCUCCCGAGGAAAAUAAUAAUCCUCGAUAUAUUGCAGGAAAAAAGCUUGUGAACCACUUCUGGACAUCAUCGAUCGACUCGAAGCGCAUAUCUGGAUCGCCAAACAAAACUCGAAGANAUUUUCGUAAUCAAACUUUUACCAUUGAAGCGUUCAUCGUUUUGAUGAAUGACUCGACAAAUGCAAGUCUCAUUGAAUUCUCUUCUGGAAUGUCGAUAAAUAUUGAAACGAGUCGUUUAACAUUCGUUAUUAACGAUCUCUAUCAGCUUGUCUCACCAUUCACAUUAUCAAUGAAUGUAUGGCAUCACAUCGCUGUUGUUUACGAUAUGACCAGCGGAUCAAGUAGUAUCUAUAUCGAUGGAACCAUUGCGAAACAAUUAGGAUACGCUUCGAAUUCGAAUAAUCAAAAUACAAACGUGACGCUUACUAUUGGUUCUGAUUUCAUUGGUAUACUAGAUCAGUUGUCGAUUUCGUUAGCAGUUAAAAGUAGUGAUCAAAUCCGAUGGGAUGCAACCGUUGCUGCGUAUUAUCCGCUUGAUGGGGGUAGUCUUAACACUUGGUUACUUGAUUAUGGGCCAAAUUGUCGUAAUGCAAGUGCAGCUGGUGUUCGUUCCGUUGUUGGCCAAGUACGUCAAGCGCUCAGUUUCAAUAUAUCCGGUGCUUAUUUCCAAGCAAGUUCAUUUCCGAUUUUGGAUCUAACGAAUAGCUCAUUUUCAGUCGCACUAUGGGUUCGUCCAGAAAAUCAAUCCGGAACUUUUCUCACCAUAGCCAAUUCGAAAACUUGUUUGUUAGUAUUAGGCAUUCGCGAUAAUGAUAAUCGACUGGUCGCUUAUCUACCGUAUUCUACAAGUACAAAUACUAGUGUGAGUCUUGUUGGAUCAACGAUGACAAGUGGUAAAUGGGUGCACAUUGCAUUCACUUGGAGUUAUGCAAAUCAAGCACAGCUUUAUAAGGAGACAGCAUGGCAAGGUCGAAGUAGUAGUGCAACUAGAUUAAACAAUCGCUCGGGUGAACCGAUGACAGUCACUCUUGGGAUGUACCGUGGUACAGCUAAUUGUUCAGGUGAUGACGGAUUAGAUGUAACAGAGCAAUUUGUUGGUUCAUUAGACGAGUUUUAUAUAUUUUCUCGCGAGUUGCAACAGAAUGAGAUUGAAAAAUUGAACCUAACAACUAAUUCGCAAGACGAUCAUCCAUUAUAA